AUGGCGCGACGGCUUAUUAGCUCCGCAACCGGUGCCAAAAUACAGGUCUGGCCCGGUCAGUUCAUCCAGGCCACGAUCAACAAAGCUUCUCCCGGAGAUACUAUCGUUGUUGAGCGUGGAACCUACACCGAGCAGUUGACUAUCGACAAAGACGGGAUUGCCCUGGUUGGACAUGGCGCCAUUCUCGUUCCUCCCUCCUCGGCUGCUUCAAAUUUAUGUUCCGGUCUUGCCGGUGAUAACACCCAGGCGGGUAUCUGCGUAACCGGAUAUGAUGUUGUCCUGGCGCCCUUUUUGUCCGAACACAGGAAGGUCAUCUCGGUGGGCAAGCCAGUGAAGGGUGUAUCAAUCAACCGCUUCCAGAUCAACAACUUCUCGGGCCAAAACGUGGCGAUUGUCGGUGGCCAGGAUGUUAGUGUGACCCGGAACGACCUCACCAACGGCGGACAGUACGGCUUGCUCUCGGACGGCUCAAAAAACACCAUUGUCUCGACAAACCACAUCUCCGGGUACAUCAUUGCCCUCUGCAUUCAAACACCAGCCGCAGACGUGGUAAAAAACGAUGUCCGUAACUGCUGCAUUGGGGCUUUUGUUGAUCCUUUCAUCGACGAUGCCAAGAUUCAUGAUAACCCAUCGAAUCCAACCUGCCCGCCAGGGAGUGUGUUCGGAAUCAUCAUUUCCGGCGCCGUAAAUACCGAUGUUCAACACAACAUUAUCAAGGGAAAAACCAAUGGCGGCUUCACUGCAGGUUUCGCCAUCUUCGACGACCAAUCGACUGGGACUCUAGCUAUUGCCUCGGGCAAUAAUGUCGUCAAGAAUAUUUUCCGCGACAAUACUCUCGAUCUGUUCGUCGAUACAGAGGGCACCGGCAACGUGAUCGAGCACAACAUAUGCUCGACACCAGAAGAGCUCUAUGCCAAACACAAGUGA